AUGGCCGUCAUUACCAUGUAUAAGGGGUAUUGGGAAAAAGAUAUAUUUAUAUCAGACGAGAUGAUGAUUAUAGCUGAUGAGAUGGAAACAUAUGCACGCCUUUACAAUAACCUCUUUGCAUUUAGCUCACUUGGCGGGUCCAUAGCUGCAAAAACUCAUAAAGGCAUUUAUGUAUUCAAACUUCAUGGACAAAUAUAUCAAUUUAUACCUGACUUGUUAACUCAUGAUCAAGCUCCUAAAUUCUUGCAACUAUACUUUUAUGAUGCUCAACAUGAAUCUGAAAAUCGAUUAGGCCUUUUCCCAGAACUAAGAGCUGAUGUUAUAUCCAUUCUCAUGAAUAUUAUGCUAAUCAAUCCCUAUGCGAAAUUUUUUUGGUCAUUAAGAGAAAUAGAUGUUUCUGAAAAUACUGAAAUUCGUCUUAAUAUAGACUUUGUUCUUGAUCAGCAUGUUUAUAAUGCUCCAACAUCUGAAGGAGUUGCUGUCAUAUGGUCUGAAGAGUCUUCUUCGAGACAAUGCAAUAGCCCGUGCAUUGUUGUGCAUGGAAAACGCAGUACCCCCUUUUGUUUCCACAUGGUGAUUGUGGGUGGCACCGUGGUCUUAAGAAGAUGUCUCGUGGUGGUAGAACACAAGUUGAAAAAUCUUGAAAAUCCUGCUACAUCAAUAACUGUACAAGAUGUUACAGAUCUCUUAUCUGUAGAGGCGUCUGCUCGAGAAUACGCGUUUGGAUUUUUCCGAAAUAAACAGGCACAGAUAAGGGUUGAGUUGUAUCAAGGUAUAGUAGAUACAUUUGACGGUGGAGAGACAAGUGCUUCCAAUGUAGGUCAACGAGUCAUUUUGCCGCCAUCUUUCCUUGGGGGACCUCGUGAUAUGAAACGACGCUAUCUGAAUGCAAAUACACGUGUGCAACGCUAUGGCAAACCUGACUUGUUUAUAACGAUGACAUGCAAUUCCAAUUGGCCAGAAAUCAAGCAAGAAUUGGCACCAGGUGAAAAGGCGCAAAACAUGCCAGAGUUGGUUGCACGGAUUUUUCGUGCUAAGGUUGUUGCUCUGAAAAAAAAAAUCAAAGAGGAUCAUAUUUUUGGAGAGGUAGCUGCACUGAUCUAUGUUGUUGAGUUCCAAAAGCAUGGUCUUCCGCAUGUGCACAUGCUUCUCAUACUAAAGCCUAAAUUUGUGUGUGCUGAAAUACCUUCGCUCGACAAUUUACAUUUACGAAAAGUAGUUCUGAAUCAUAUGAUGCACGACCCGUGUGGGAAAGAUAACCCCAAAUGUCCAUGCAUGAAAAAAGGCAGUUGUAAAAAUGGAUAUCCUAAUUUGUUCACUCCAGAAACAACUAGCCAUGAUAGUGGGUAUCCAUUGUAUAGAAGAAGAGACACUGGUGAAUCUGUUAUCAUCCGUAAAACUUCUAUGGAUAACAGAUGGGUUAUCCCAAACAAUCCAUAUUUAUCUGCGCUCUUCGACUGUCAUUUAAAUGUUGAAGUAUGCUCAACUAUACAAGCAGUGAAGUACUUGUACAAGUAUGUUUACAAAGGACACGAUAGGGUUUCCUUUAAUGUCACAGCAGCGGGGGACCAAAGACUAAUAAAUGAAAUUGACCAGUUCCAGUCAGGUUGUUGGGUUUCUCCUUGCGAGAAUGCUUGGAGGAUUUUUGGAUUUGACUUGUUUGAAAUGUUUCCAUCAGUUUUGGCACUUCAUGUACACUUUCCUAACAUGCAGACAGUAAUAUUUAGACCCCACAAACAGCUAUCCACGAUUGUUUCUGAUGAUAGAAGGUCACACGAUGCAGUUGAUAAGUGUAUGGCCGAAGCCUCAGGAGUACAGAUGCCUCGUGCAUUGCGAAGAUUGUUUGCAACAAUUCUGAUUUUCUGCAAGCCAAGUGAUCCACUUGCACUUUGGCAGAAAUACUACGAGCAUCUUUCAAAAGAUUUCAAACAUCAGUACAUGGAUAUGAAAGCUAAGGUCCAACAACUUACAGCACGGGAAAUUUAG